ACUCGCGCUCACCCCCUAAGAUUCGCCGCGGUUCGCUCGCGGCGGAGAGGAUCUCGAGUGUUUAUUGUUCCGCCCGUAUUAUUUUUAGAUCCGCUUAUGUAAAUGACGCAGUAACAGUCGUCGGAUUUUCUGUCGUUGGCGGGAAGUUUGAAUCGUACUUCGUCUCCCCCUACCGCGAUCGCUCGGCAAAGAGAACGGUCGCGUAGAUAUUUUGCCGAGAAGGAAGAAACAUGUGCAGACAUUUACAAAUUGUGCCUGUCGUCCCCCCCGUCAUUUGCGUCGAAUCUAAAAUAACGUUGCCAGACAUCUUUUAAGCUCCAACAUUAUUUCAGAUCUGUUUUUUAUCGCUGGAUUAAGAGCUCGCGAGGUAGCCGGGCUAUGGAAAGUAUGGUCGAGGAAAAUGGGUCAGCAGUCGAUCCAUUAUCCCAGAGUUCUCAAAGCGGCGAUGCUGCGCCAGCAAUUGCUACUUCGGUACAAUCUCUCGAUAGAACGCAUCAGCAGCAAACUCACCACCUGGUAGCUUCUACCAGCAUUGUGCAACUGACACUACCUCCGUCAGGAACAACACAGGUGCAAUCAGUCAUACAACCUAAUCAACAGUCUGUAAUACAAACUGCAACAAACAUACAACCUGUUGCUAUUUCUAAAGGAAAUGUUAUUUUGGUUAGCAAACCUAAUUCUGUUAUACAAACUGCACAAGGCAAUCUACAAACUCUCCAGGUGGUAGAAACUGGUAGUGAUGAUAGUUUUUCUGAUGAAGAAUCACCUAAGAAGAGAAGAGAUAUUCUUACCAGAAGACCAUCUUACAGAAAGAUACUCAACGAUUUGGGUGGUGGGGAAAUUACAGACGGUCGUUUGCCCCCCUUAGAAUCAUCUUCCGAGUGUGAUUCUAACGUGGACAGUGAAGUGUCUUCCCAUUCGCUCCAUUACCAAACAGUCAUUCCCGCCGGUACUAUUCAAAUUGCGACCCAAGGGGAGGGAGUUCCGGGGCUUCACACGUUAACUAUGAGCAAUGCAGCGACACCGGGUGGAGCUAUAGUGCAGUAUGCACAGGGCCAGGACACUCAAUUUUUUGUGCCAGCUUAUACAGGUCAUGGGGUUGUAGUAGAAGAUGCAGCGCGGAAGAGGGAAAUGAGGUUGCUCAAAAAUAGGGAAGCGGCGCGUGAAUGUAGGAGAAAGAAGAAAGAGUAUAUAAAGUGCUUAGAAAAUCGUGUUGCCGUAUUGGAAAACAGAAAUCAGACGCUAAUCGACGAACUGAAAUCGUUAAAGGAACUGUAUCAACAGAAAACCGACUGAGAUUGGUGUUUAAAGCCUGCAAAAACAGUGUAUCAAAACUAUUAUCCAGUCGAACCUGUACAUGUCUUGUUUGUGUACAUUAUCCUGAAUGUUACUAUAGGGGUAAGUGAUGGUGAUGUACAUGCAUUCUUAUAGAUAAGCGUUUCUCUGUAAUAUACUGUAUUUAAGUAACGAAUACGAAGGCUUGUGAAACGUGCUGUUACUAAAGCGGGAAGCCAAAGGUAUAUGAGACACGGAGGCAGCAAACACGUAGGCAAUAUUUGGGGAUAUCAAUCUAUAUUUUGGAUAAAUCUAGCAGUUAAUUAGCGCAUAUAUGGUGCGAUAUAUAUUGUAAAGUUAUCUGGAUACUAUGUAGUCUUGGAUUUUAUGUUGCAGAUUCUAUCCUUUUCAAUAUUUCAUCUCACACAGAUGUCCAUAGUGUUUGAUUAUACUCGAGUCGAUACUUGAUUGUAGUGAAUGAAGGAGUCUUGAGAGAGAAUUAGAAGCGCAAAUGAAAUAUUACGAUAUUUUUCGUCGGCAAUCAAUAAUUAAAGACUAUUAUCGUGUCCAAAUAUUUCUGCAAUAUAUUGUGCGCAAUUCGAAAAAGUUUUGACCUCAUAGCCUCGAACAUUUAGAUCGCAUUAAUAACUUAACUAACAUAUAAUACCGUGUUUGUUUAGCGUCACCGUCUGCCAUUAAUACGUAGUUCGUUACAAAAGUAACAAGAUCAAUAUUUUAAUUGUAAUAUUUAAUCGCAAACAGAGAAGUUGUUUCCAAAAUUUUGUGUGGAAUUUGUAUCUUCAAAACAAUCGAAAUUAUACGCUGUAAAAUUGUAAGACAUGAUUUUUCUACAUUUUUAAAAUAUAAAUUUCAACUGUUUGAAAUAUUCACAAAAUUAAUUUUGCACCAGCAGUCGUGUAUACUUGUCCAAAAUUAAUAAUCGAAGCGUUAGAACGUCAGAUAUAAUAAAACUACAUGCAAUUUGGAUCAUUCAAAAUAUGUCAUAGGUAAUCCUGAGAUUAACAAAAGUGUAUCUCGUUGAAUAUAUAUGGAUCGCAUGUGCAGAUGAAAAAAUUGCAAGUAGCGAUAGAUAUCCGAGUCAAUAGAUGAAUGCUGAAGCAAUAGUUCACUGUAUCAAUCAAUCAUAACUGGAAGCAACUGGACGUAUAUUUGAAUUGUGCUUUAUAGAAAUAUGAAUCUCGUUACUUUUGUGACAGACAGUGUAUGUCUUGGUUUCACCAAAAAAAAAAUUGAAAAGCAUGCAAUGCAACGCGCUUGCUCUGACGAGGAUAAUUCGCUUAUGAAUAAACUUGCUUUAAAAUUUAAUAUUCUUCUAUGUGGAAAAGAUCUUGGCAUUAUACGUAGAAAAUGUAAAAGUAGUUACAUGAUUACUACACAUUCAAGCUAUAUAAAGAAAAAGAAGAAAAGAUGCAUCUUUGCCAUUUCGAUGAUGCCUGCAUUGCUUGUCGGUUUGCUGUAAUAAAUGCGCAUAUCAGGCAUUACUACUACGUCGCUCUGUAAAAUGAUUGUUUUACGUCUCGUCAGAAUAUCUCGUUCAUUCAACGCUGGACAACACAACUGUAAAAUAUUGAAUGUAAUAUAAAUCAGGAGUGCCUUGAAGAUUUCUGUACACUUGUGGUAUACGUAUACAUAUAUAUGGAUGCAAAAAAGAAAAAGAGAAGAAACGCGCAAACGUAUGCAUAUGUAUGUAUAUACGUAUGAUGGAAAUUAUAUAUAUAUAUAUAAGUAAAUAUGGGUAGAGAUAUAUGCAUACAUUACAUACAUAGAUAUAUAUAUAUAUAAUAUUUUUAAACUAUAUUAUUAUAUAGUUUUAUGUACUUGACACCCGCAACUUUACGAGAAUUGUAUUAUUUUUUUGGAACUUGUGUUUCCAUGUAAUCUCAUCGUCGGAUGGAAACCAAUUACUGACGCGUCAUCAGAUUUUCGCGAAAUGUAUUGUGAAUAACAUGCGUGAUUCUACCAUGAGGAAAUAACGUUAAAAACUCCAAUAAAGAGGAUAAUUUUUUUAACAAAAA